AAAUAAAUAAAUAAAAUAUUGAAAAAAGAAGAAAAUUAUAAUUUACUAAGAGACUGUAGAUAAUUGUUUUGGAGCAAUUAUGCAAACUAAAUUGCUUUUUGUAUCUGUUUCCUCACUUGUUCACUCAUCCCAUAGACAUGUGUUAAGGGCCUGCUAUGAUUGCUUCUCAGCCUUUUGGCUAAGAUCAAGUAUAAGGGCCUGUGAUGUAUCAUGUGGGCUCCACGCUAAGGAGGGACAACGGGGCCCAGAGAAUUCCACUUGGCCCACAACUGAUCAUGAUGGGUGUCAAAUGAAGAAAGUUCAAAAGAGAGGUGUGCUCCGAGGAGAGAGGGAAACCAGCUUAAUCAGGGUUAGACAAGAGUCCCUAAGGAAGAGAUCCAGUGCUGAGACAAGAAGGACUCCGUGGGGAUUGGCUUGACUCCCAUCCAUGGAAUCCCUUCCUGGUGUCUUCUGUUCUGAUUUUUCUGUCCUUCUGUCCUUGCCCAACUAUUUUGAACUUUCUCCUUAUACACAAAUAAUUUCAUUGCUUUUUUUCCUGUACCUAUAAACUUUGUCAGGGAACUGAAUUAUUCCUUGACCAUUUUUGACCUGCAAAUAUGGCAAUUUCAUAGGAUUCAACUUAUAUCUGUGACAGUAUCAAGCUGAAUGGCUCCAAUCUCUUAAAAUUAUGGUAUCCCAUUACAGUAUUUUAAAAAUUUAUUUUAAGCAAUCUAUCACCAACUGAAAACAUUUCAGUUCUCCUCUAUUAAAUGCUUCUCUUUCAGAGUAUUUUCCCCAGACGAUUUUUUUCCAGGUUGAAUUUUAUUUUUCUCUCCUAUUCUUAAUCUUAUUUGAUGGUGAGGUCACCAUUUCCACCUCUUUGCUCUUGGAAGGAACCCCAACUCUUUUUGUCAGUUCAUUUAUUCUUUUCUCCAUGUUAUUAUUGAGAAAUAAGCUAGUUCUGUAGGCUAUCAAACUAAAAUAACAACAACUUUCCUAAAAGGAAUGAGCCCUCUUGAAGAAUGGCUUCUAAUUUCAUGCUUUUGAGGGUAAGGCAAGGUUAUGCGAAAACUGCUGAAGCUGGUUAAGCUUUUAGUAUUUGUUUUCAAGACUGCUGUUAUCAAAUCUGUGAAAACAAUUUAGUUUCACACAUAUCCACACGGCAGCACAGAGAAUUCUAAACGUAAAAUUUAAAAAAGGUGGCGGGGGGGGGGCGGCAGACUAGAAUCCUUCACUACAAUGAAAUUACGGUGAUUCUGAGCAUUAUGUAAUCUCAUUGGAAGAGAACAGUCUGUAUGAACCCUUUUCUCAACUUCCCACAAGGAAACUUGACCUACUCUAUCAAUCUUGGUUUAUUUAUGAUUAAAAUUAUAAUUGCACACUUGGAACGUCCUCUGUUUUCAUGCCACUUUUCCAUGGAACUUCUCAAACAGAUAAGGUUUGCUUAUAAAAGGAUCUGCAAGGCACUAUCUGGUUGUGUGUGGAACCUGACGGAACUGCCACGAUGCUGCUAAUCUGGAUGCUAUCACUGCUGCUGGGAGCAGUAGUAGGAAAAGAAGUCUGCUUCCCAAGACUUGGCUGCUUUAGUGAUGACGCCCCAUGGGCAGGAAUUGUGGAAAGACCCCUCAAAAUACUGCCUUGGGCUCCAAAAGAUGUCAAUACUCGCUUCCUCCUAUAUACUAAUGAGAACCCGAAUAACUUUCAAGAACUUGCUGCAGAUCCAUCAACUAUCACAGACUCCAACUUCAAAACAGAUAGAAAAACCCGCUUUAUUAUUCAUGGAUUCAUAGACAAGGGAGAAGAAAACUGGUUGUCCAAUCUGUGCAAGAACCUGUUCAAAGUGGAAAGUGUGAACUGCAUCUGUGUGGACUGGAAAAGUGGCUCCCGCACUGGUUACACGCAGGCCUCCCAGAACAUCCGGAUUGUGGGGGCAGAAGUGGCUUAUUUUGUUGAAGUUCUUCAGUCAGCGUUUGGGUACUCACCUUCCAAUAUCCACAUCAUUGGCCACAGCCUAGGCUCGCAUGCAGCUGGAGAAGCAGGAAGGAGAACCAACGGGACUGUUGGACGAAUCACAGGGUUGGACCCAGCUGAACCGUGCUUUGAGGGCACGCCUGAAUUAGUCCGAUUAGACCCCAGUGAUGCCCAGUUUGUGGAUGUAAUUCACACAGAUAGUGCUCCUAUAAUCCCCAACAUGGGUUUUGGAAUGAGUCAAACUGUAGGCCAUCUAGAUUUCUUUCCAAAUGGAGGAAAAGAAAUGCCCGGAUGUCAGAAGAACAUUCUCUCUCAGAUUGUUGACAUAGAUGGAAUCUGGGAAGGAACUCGUGACUUUGUGGCCUGUAAUCACUUAAGAAGCUACAAAUAUUACUCUGAUAGCAUCCUCAACCCUGAUGGCUUUGCUGGAUUCCCUUGUGCCUCUUACAGCGUUUUCACUGCAAACAAGUGCUUCCCCUGCCCAAGCGAAGGCUGCCCGCAGAUGGGUCAUUACGCUGACAGAUUUCCUGGAAAAACAAACGGAGUGAACCAGAUAUUUUAUCUAAACACUGGUGAUGCCAUUAGUUUUGCUCGAUGGAGGUAUAAGGUGGCUGUCACAUUGUCUGGGAAGAAGGUUACGGGACACGUGCUAGUUUCUUUGUUUGGAAAUAAAGGAAAUUCUAAACAGUAUGAAAUUUUCAAGGGCACUCUCCAGCCAGACAGCACUCACUCCAAUGAAUUUGACUCUGAUGUGGACGUUGGAGAUUUGCAGAAGGUUAAAUUUGUUUGGUACAACAAGGUGAUCAACCCAACUCUCCCCAGAGUGGGAGCGUCCAAGAUCAUGGUGGAAAGAAACGAUGGAAAAGUGUUCAACUUCUGUAGUCAAGAAACCGUGAGGGAAGAUAUUCUGCUCACUCUUACCCCAUGUUAGAAGUCACUGACAUGUGACCACUGCAUAUCUUACUGUUAAUAAAAUCUAUUGGUGAAGCAAUA